AUGGACAUUAGUGGUCGAUGCUUAGCUGACCUUGCAUGUGUCCGAGAUGAACGGAACACCAAUCAGUUGUCACUCAAGACAUAUCUCGCGGACCUCAAAGCCGACGGGACGGUCAGCUGGAAACCAUCAGAAGGACCAGGCUCAGAGGCGAAGCUGCCUCGGAUAACCCUGAAAAUGGGGUUUCGAGGCAUUUUAAGCCCAGAAGACACACCUGCCCGACUCGCCGUCGAAGCAGCAGCCGGUGGCGUGGCGUCCGUGCUCAACAAGGCCGCCGACCGCGGGGUCGACAACGUCUUCUACGGCAAACACCACGAUUUGUUCGAGGGCGCGGCCAAGAGAUUUUUGACCUGGCGCACUUGUCGCGGGGGCUCUCGGUUCUCUGGGGAGCGGUGGUAG